AUGUGUCGGGUUCGGGAGUCAGUUACUGUCAAGGAAGGAGUAGCACCAUUGAACCGCCCUUUCGGCGUCUAUAGAGAAAACGUAGACAUCCCAAAGAAGAAGACUAACGUAAUGUUCAUCGGAGACGGGAGGACCAGAACGAUCAUCACCGGGAGUAGGAAUGUUGUAGAUGGAAGCACCACUUUCCACUCUGCUACAGUUGCUGCGGUUGGUGCAGGGUUCCUUGCCCGAGACAUAACCUUCGAAAACACAUCAGGUCCCUCAAAGCAUCAAGCCGUCGCCCUCCGUGUUGGUUCGGAUCUCUCGGCAUUCUACCAAUGUGACAUACUGGCAUACCAGGACACUCUCUACGCUCACUCCAAUCGGCAGUUUUACGUCAACUGCCUCGUGGCAGGAACCGUUGAUUUCAUCUUCGGCAACGCUGCAGCAGUGUUCCAAAACUGCGACAUUCAUGCUCGGAGACCGAACUCAGGGCAGAAAAAUAUGGUGACAGCCCAAGGCAGGACCGACCCUAACCAAAACACUGGCAUUGUGAUCCAGAAAUGUAGGAUAGGUGCCACUUCUGAUUUGCAGCCUGUAAUUUUAAACUUCCCAACAUAUCUUGGCAGACCCUGGAAGGAAUAUUCAAGAACUGUCAUAAUGCAAUCGACUAUCAGUAAUGUGAUUCACCCUGUCGGGUGGCACGAGUGGAGCGGGAGUUUCGCCCUGAAAACAUUGUUUUACGCCGAGUACAUGAACACUGGUGCCGGUGCUUCGACUUCUGAGAGGGCGAAUUGGGAAGGGUACAAGGUGAUCACUAGCGCAACCGAAGCUCAGGAUUUUACUCCUGGCAGGUUCAUUGGUGGUGGAGGCUGGUUAAGCUCUACAGGCUUUCCUUUCUCUAUUGGGUUGUAAUAAGUUAGAAGCUUGUAUUGUCAUGCAACAUCUACUUCUUGUCUGGUUUGAAAU